CCUGAUGCCACGCUCAGUCGUGGCCAUGGCUUUCUAGUUGUGUUUCGCACAACCCAGCCAUAGCAAGGCGCAGCGAGGUGCUGCCUCUCCUCUCUCCCCCUCUCCGCAACAAUCAAGCGGGCGACAGUCCACCGGAGCCAAGAGAUGAGCGUUUCGAUACAUCAGACGCUGACUGUGGACAGAGCGUUUAUUGAGUGGGGAGACGAAGAGGCCAGCGAAGGCACAGGGAACGAAUCGCAGUCAACAAAACCGUACCACAAGUUUCCCAUAGACCGGAUGUGGCCCACGCUGUUUCCAUAUCAUGAGCCCACUGGAUUCAGCGUUUGUGCCGCAUCAAAGACUGUGGGAAGUGCCUCAAGUAGCACCACUGAUGGGAAUGGGACUGCUUCUGCUGAAACUACCAGCAGCGCAACCGCAACAUCCAUGAUGGAUGGUUCAUUCCAAGAUGACUCCAGGGCACACACCAACUUGCCCGAGCUACUGAAGGAUUUGCACACCAGACAACUCCUGGAUGAGUUGCAGAUCCAAGAGUUGCACAAGGAUCGGGAUCAGAUUGACGGGACUGUAGAAUACAACCAGCGCAUGGAUCGAUUGGUUGCAAAGCUCCAGCGCCAACUGAAAGCUAUGGAGCAAUUAGCAGAUGAUAUUCCCCCAGAUUGCGAAGAAAUGGCUGUCCAAGUCGAGACAAUUGCUCAGUUGGCAAGAUCCAUUGGCCAAAGCGUCACCGUCAAGGAAUUCUUGGCAAAGGCUCUGGAAAUCCGACAGGCUAUUCACGGACCAAAACACCCCGCCAUUGCCAGAAUCCUGGAGGAACAGGGGGAUUUAUUCAACGAAGAGGGGUGCCACAAAGAAGCCAAGGAUUGCUGCUUUGAAGCACUGGCACAGUACCAGAGCCUGAUGGGACCCACACACGCUGUUGUGGGAAGCAUCUACUUCAAAAUGGCAAGCGCCAUUUCCAAUCAAGGCUUGCACUGCCAAGCUUUUGACUUCUUCAACGAAGCUCUCAAGAUCAAAAAGCUUCACUCCAGAUCCAAUGAUGCAGAAGUUGCCGACGUAUUGGAGACGAUAGGAAGUGUACAAAUCAAAAUGGGAGACCUAGAUGACGCACUGUGCAACCUUCAGAAAGCACGACGGAUCCGAAGAUAUCGGCAAGAUAGGCUCAAACUCGCAACCACACUCAAGCACCUGUUUAGCUUGUUUCUGUCUAAGACGAACUACGCGGUUGCAAUAGGUUACUAUGAAGAGUGGCUCGUGGUUCUUGGUGAUCAGUACAGCUUAAUGGGCCAAUCAGAUGAAGCGAUAAAGUUCUAUCGAGAGGCGCUCACUGUUCGUGUUGCCGUUCUUGAGGGGUAUAGAGGCUGUAACGACCCAACGUCACUCCAAACGGCGGGCAUUGCCUUCAGAGAGGGUCAAACCCAUACAGCGCAAGAGAUGUAUAAGGAAAUUCUUGAAACUGGAAACACCCAAGCAAGGAACACUGAAGAGAAGGAAACUCGGUUUCAUGCACUCCUCAUGAAUUGCCAUUGCAGCUAUUUGCAGGGAAAUACGGAGGACGCCAGGAAUAGCUUGUACUCUGCCGCCGAAGUGGAACGGAGUGACGUUCAGUUCUCUGUUGAAACGACAAUGCGUGAAGUUCUCUUCAAGCUAGUACGAGAGAUCAAGUGUACAUCAAGGGCUGCUAGGGUUUUGGAGCGAGUCAAGUGGUUGGCCUGGGGGCAAGGAACAGGCACUGGAGCACUUCGACGACAUUCGUCGAUGUUUCGCAGAGGGAAUUGUGAACAAAAGUGACUGAAUGAUAAUCAUAAUUCACGGGCUUGCAGUUGGUAGAACUUCGGCUCAGAAGCACCAGGACCGCCCUUGCAAGCGCUGGCGAUCGUUGGGGCUUCGUUGGACCUCCUUCUAAGAGUCGCACUCUACCCAACCAUGUGAACUUCCAAUAUCAUGAAUUCACCCAUAAAACAAAUUGCAAACCAAAGCCUUCAACUUCUAUUGUGUUCAAUGACCAGGGCUGCCAAUGACCAGAGCUACCGGUAGUGCGACACGCACGUUGCCCGCAGCGAUCCGAUUCGCACUGACAAUCUUGCGUUCAGUAAUCACCAAUCAUGCUGCCCACCACCAGGGCUACUGCGACAUGCAUGUUGGCGGCAGCGAUCCGAUUUGCACUGGUAGUCUUGCGUACAAUAAUCACCAAUGUUGCCCAUCACAGGAACACAUGUAUCGGAUCCGCAGUGAUAGGUCAUGAACCAAUAACCACAGUCAUAAUUGUCGCAAGAGCCGGAUUCACAUUGCCAAUCACCAUUGCAAGUCUCACCUAGACCCUUUCUGUUUCGACAAUAAAAGUUGUUGCACCAAUCACUGGCGCAUUCACAAUUGUCAUCGCAGGAAGCACCGGCAGGCUUGAGAUAACCACACGUCCAAGUGGUACACAAACAAUUGAGGCCACUGUCGCAUUCGUGAUGAUAGUCACAGGUAUCUCCAACGGGCAGGUUGCUUCGACAGUUUCCAUUGUAGCAAAAGUCUGAUUGACAUUCCACGUCGUCAUUACAGGAAGCACCGUUGUUCUUCUUGGCUCGGCAGAUAUCUGGAUGGUUGUUCCUUGGCCUGCACCAACCACUUUCGCAUUCGUCGUGAUAAUCGCAGAUCGCACCAUUCUGGAGCAAGGCUACACACUGAUGAAUGUACAGGUCGCACCAGUAUCCAUGCGCACAAUCAUGGCUGUGGUAACACUUUGGCUCGCAUUCGUUGUCAGAAGUGCAGUAUUCAUUGUGGUUGCAGUCGUUGUCAUUGACGCAUUCGACAUGGACAAUGCACUGGUCGUUCACACUAAAGAAAGAAGUUUGCAGGAAACAGCAUGAGGGAUGAAGCGGAAUAAUAUCAUGACAGAGUUGCGAUGAGCCCGAUUGCAACUUACCAGACCUCAUUUUGCCCGCAUUGGUUAUCAAGCCAACACUCCACGCAGUAUCCAUGGCUGUUGCAGUGCCAGCCAUUUUGACAUUCGUUGUCGCUGUAGCAGUGUGCAAUAUCCACGCAGUAAUUGUCCUCGCACUUUUGAUUUUGGUUGCAUUGGUUGUCUCGAUAGCAUUCCACACACUGGAGUCACAGAGGAGUGAAGGAGUGAGAUCUCAUAGCAGCAAAGGCACCAGAGCACGGAUUGGUCCACAUACUAUUCAUUCACGUACCUGCCCCUGGUUGUUACAGUACCAGUUAUUAAAGCAAUCGUCAUCACCGUAGCACAUGCCCUCAUUGACACUGCAAGCAAUAGAAGCAAUCAGCAUGAGGUUGCUGCUGUGGUUCAGCUCCUCUAGGAAACGAAGCAUACUUGAUCGUCUGUACUCACCAUUGAAGAUCCAUGCAUUUCUCUCCUUGCAAACAAUGGCUAUCGUACCUACAACCAACACAUUCGUAGCUCUUGCAGAACUUGUUGAUGCUGUUGCUGGCACAGUGAGUGUCCAGGAAGCACCUUUAGGUUUUGCAAGGUGUGAGGAAAGUUGGAACUCUCGCAUCAUUGGAUUACACAUAUCUUCACUUAAGCUUACCUGACACAUUGUCCGUUAUUCCUACAAUACUCAUUUUGAGGGCAAUCAUGGUCGUGGUUGCAGAGAUCAUCGACGCAUUGACCAUUGUCGCAGUACGUGCCCCAUGGACAAUCGAUAAGAAGGCAUGGGUCAGCCGUGCC